AUGCGAGCCAUGCAGCAACCAGACAGCGAAGAUAUCAAGGACAGAGUUCUCAGAACUCUCAACUCUAUCGUUCAUAGCUUAGGUUCCCUCCGCGCACUCAUCUCAUCUCUUCCACAGACAGAAGGCGAUAAGUUCCAAGCCGUGCUCACUGAAACACUUUCCACCUGUCCCUUUGCUCCACAUACCCCAAGUAUGUCUCGUGCGACAUCCGAUGAUCAACUGAAAUUCUUGUUGAGCUGUGUCCGUUAUUCCAACAAUGGCAAGGUGGACUUUGUAGAGGUUGCGAAGGAAUGUGGUAUUGUCAGCAAAGGAGCAGCUGCCAAACGAUAUGAACGUCUUCUCAGAGCCAACGGCAUUCAUCCCAAUGGUGGACCCACCGAAUCUCCAGCCCGAAAACCAACAAAUACGCCUGUCAACAAGAAGUCAAAUGAAGUGCAAGAGAAACCAAAUGCGAGCAGGAAGCGGAAGGCUGAUGUUUUUGAACAACUACCUCCCAGCAAAUCAACAACCAAGAAUUCCAGCCAAACAGGAUCUGUCACCAUGCCCAAGACUGAUGCAUCGAGUGGAUCGACUGCCAGCUCAGCAGGAUACAAAACCCAUGUGUCUCGAUAUGAACCCUCCGCUUUAUACAUGCCAUCACCCCCUCCAUUGCCACACCUUCCACCAAGACAAAUGCCCGCUCAAAUGUAUCACAACCCUAGCGGCAUGAUGUCUUAUCACACAUACCAAGGACUCGGUGGAAUGGCACCCAGUCACUUCUCUACCGCAACACCAUCAUCAAUGUCACCUAUGCUUUCAAGCACAAGAGGUAACGCAGGUCUCAGCACAGGACAAUUCACCGGUGGAGGUAGUGGAUUGCAGGAGUACCUCAGCAGCGACAUGUUCUAUCACGCAUCCAUGCCUCAUGAAGUCCAACUCAACCCAUCUCUUCUCAACGACUUGGGCCCAUCACCUCUAAGAAUCCCACCCCGACCAGCAUCGGUAGUUCAAGGCUCUGGGCCCGAUAGUGAUUCAUUAUCUUUAGACACCAAGAGUGAAAGCCAAAGCCAUACUGGCAGCAUUCUCAUUGUCGAUUGA